AUGCCCGCGUACGGCUCCACCGCAUCGCCCUCUCUGCGCAAAAUGGAAUCCGGCUACGGCAACGGCUACAACGGCCAGCGUGCCGCCUCGUUCAGCGUCGGCCGCAUUAUCGGCGACCCCUUCGCGCUGGCCACCAUCUCUAUCGGCAUUCUCGCCUGGAUCAUCGCCUUUGUGGCCAGCAUCAUAUCCGCCAUUCGCGGUGGCUUCCCCAACUUCGCCUGGUGGACCCUGGUCUUCAUGUUCUUCUGCAUCGUCGGCGUCACCGUCACCGUCGCUUCGGACGCUGAGAGAACCUACCAUGUGGCUAUUGUUGGUUUCCUUGCUGCAGGACUCGUCUUUACCACUUCCUCGGUCAACUCGCUCGUCUACUCGCCAAUUGCUCCCUUUGAGGCCGCCGCUGCUGGUUACAUCUUGCUCUCCAUGAUCGCCAUUGUUUGGAUCUUUUACUAUGGCUCCCAACCGAGUGCUGGCCACCGCACUUUCGUCGACUCGUACGCCCUGCACAAGGAGCAGCCCGGCUCACGCUCCUCGCGGCCCAUCUCCAACGGCUACACCAACCGCCCACAAACCCAAAUCUCCAACAGCCAGCAGCCGCAGAUGUACACCUCGGCCCAGCUCAACGGCUUCGAAACGUCAUCCCCCGUCUCCGGCUACCCCGGCGGUCCCCCAGGAGCUCAGGGCCGCAACUCAGCCGCCCCACAAUUCGGCGGCAUGAACGCGCAAACACCCACGCAAGACGAGCCCGCCGAGCAAGGCAUCGAGUACCCGUACCGCGCCAAGGCCAUCUACAGCUACGAAGCGAACCCCGACGACGCCAACGAGAUCAGCUUCCAGAAGCACGAUAUCCUUGAGGUCAGCGACGUCAGCGGGCGGUGGUGGCAGGCGAAGAAGCCCAACGGCGAGACGGGCAUUGCGCCGAGCAAUUAUCUCAUCCUGCUGUAG